AUGUCGAUUUCUUUAGACGAUAGUCGUAGCGAUUUCAACGAAUCGGCGGCGAGCACAUCAAUUCUGCAGGAGCCGAUAGAUCUGAAAUUGUUGGCGGCUGAAAGUGUGAUAUGGACAGAGAAAAAUGUGGCGUAUAUCGGCCCGUUUGGGAAAUUUCAGGGAAAAAUUGUGAUUACUCGAUAUCGAUUGGUUUUUCUAGUGGGUGAUGGUGGGAAAUCUUAUGAGCAAUGGAAGCUCGAUAUUCCACUCGGACAAAUCUCUCGAAUAGAGAAAGUGGGCGGUCGCUCGACGAGUGCCGCCAUGAUGCGGGGAGACGAUAAUUAUGGAUUUAUAGUGUUCUGUAAGGACUAUCGAGUCUAUAAAUUCGCAUUGGUUCCCGGCUCGAAUCGGAAGAAUAUUUGUGAUUCGUUGAAUCGAUAUUCGUUCCCGAUUUCACAUAAUUUUCCAAUGUUCGCCUUCGUCCACGCGGCUGAGUCCCCUCGAUUGCUGAAAGAUGGUUGGAAAGUGUAUUCAGCCGAAAGAGAAUACGAACGACUCGGAAUUCCGAAAUCUCGAUUAUGGGAGAUUGUCGAUAUUAAUAAAGAUUACAAAUUCAGUGAGACUUAUCCGAGAAUUUUUGUGAUUCCAAAAGCGUCAUCCGAGAAGGGAAAACCAUUCAUCAAGAAACUUGGAGAGUUCCGGAGUAAAGAAAGGAUUCCGGUGCUGAGUUGGAUAGAUCAAACCACGUUGGCAUCGAUUACCAGAUGUUCUCAACCAAUGACAGGAAUUGCAGGAAAACGAAGUGCCGAUGACGAGACCCAUCUAACGAAUAUAAUGAAUGCAAAUGCAAACUGUCGUGAACUCCUAAUUCUCGAUGCCCGUCCAGCAGUAAAUGCGAAAUUGAAUAAAGCAAAAGGCGGUGGAUACGAGGAGAACUAUCUGAAUGCGUCGUUAACUUUUCUGAAUAUUCAUAAUAUUCACGUAGUGAGAGACUCUCUAAAACGAAUGACAAAUGCAUUGAUUCCACGGGUUGACGAGAAGAAUUACUAUAAAAUAUUGGAUGAAUCAAAAUGGUUGAAUCACAUCCAAAGUAUUCUCGAAGGGGCAGUCAAAGCGGUAUUCAAUGUUGAUACUGAGAAACAGAGUGUCCUAAUUCAUUGCUCUGAUGGAUGGGAUCGAACGGCUCAGUUGACGUCUCUCGCUAUGAUUCAAUUGGAUCCUUUCUAUCGAACUAUCGACGGUUUUAUUGUGUUGAUUGAGAAGGAGUGGUGCAGUUUUGGACAUAAAUUUGGGGAGAGAAUUGGCCACGGCGACGACGCCCAUAGUGACGGAGAGCGUUCCCCGGUGUUCGUUCAGUUCUGUGAUUGCCUCUGGCAGAUAAUUCGUCAAUUCCCGUGGGCAUUCGAAUUCACUCAAGAUCUGUUGAUUCACAUGUUGGAUGAGUUAUUCUCGUGUCGAUAUGGAACAUUCCUUUUCAAUUCUGAAAAGAUACGAUUACACGAUAAUAAAUGCGCCGAAACAACGAUAUCCCUGUGGUCAUACGUCCUCGAGAAUAGAAAAAAAUUUACGAAUCCAAUGUAUCGAGUGUCGAAAAAAACGAAAAAAGUGUUAUACGCGAAUCCGUCGUUCUGUGUUCUCCAAGUGUGGACCGAUUAUUAUGCCCGUUCGAAUCCCCACGUCAUCACACCCAAUCAUGAGGAUAUCCAACAACCGGCCGCCCAAUUUGUCAACGAGAAAAAACAGUUGAUGGACGAGAUUAUGGCAUUGGAUGAGGCGGCGCAAACCAUGGAUUCUUGA